AUGGCGGUGAAGAGCCUUUUGAGUGCUGACAGUGCAUGUUAGUUUGCGCAGAAGAAGAUGAACUGGUGGGAAAUUUGACAGUGCGCGAGUGUUUUUCUAUUAACCGAAAGAGCCCAAUAAACAAACAGCACUCCUAUAUUUACUAAUAUUUACUGGAGAUGGACCGGUAUGUUUUAGUUAUAUCUUUUUGCCGAACUGAUGACGAGUCGCCGGAUGGUUUUAAAUGUUUGGAGCCACUAAAGCAGAUAUAUGGCAGACUUGUGGACAUCUCCACUCAGGAGUCAGAGAAGGUUUCUGUGUUUCCAGCUUGUUCUCUCAGUGGGAGCCCGUCAGCUCGGAGGUGGUACUUUGCUGUUCAGGCUUGUCACGGAGGUGCACAGUUUUGCACCUCUAAAUGGGAAGAGUUGAGCCUUCACAGAUGUGACAGUGAGGAGGAGAAACCCACUGCUUUGGAAGCUUGUUUGGGCUCUCUGAAGAACCAGGAGGCUCCGGACCAAAAGGCUGAUGAGCUGACACUGACAGAGCUGAUGGAGGAGGCUGCAGAAGGACUGCAUGUGCUGUCAGACAAGCUUCCACCUCCAGGUAAAGCCUUGCUGGAUGUGCUGGUGCUGGGCUCUGCUGAGCAGUCCCCUCCUGUUAAAGACCUGCUGCCUCUGCUGGGAGCCGUCAAGCACAUGUCUUCCUGGCAUGCUGCAAAGAUCAGUGUCAUCACACAGCACACACCUGGAUGGCAGAAAAUGGCGUCCUCCAUCAGCGCCGCUUUGGUCAAGCUGGCUGACUUGGACAGCUGUAUCGACUCCAAAGAAAUGUGGAGGGGAAGCCUGCUUAUCAGAGAGAAGAAGUGUGUGUCGGAACUCCGCUUUGAUGGUUUUUCUCUGCAUCAGAUAUCAGAGUCUGGUCUUUUGGAAGCUCCACACAUGACCACUGACCACAAACUGCAGUCUGAGGUCUUUCAUUACUAUGCGCCAGUUUUAGAUUUGGUUCAGCUGGUUAAUCUGUCAGACCUGCCAAGCUUCCUGAUGUCCAGCGCCCAGUUUGAACUAUGCCUGUCUGGGAAGUCUGUGAAAGCUAAACUUUUGUUGAACCAGCUGCGAUCACUGUGUGGAAAGGUCGGAGCUUUGUUCAGUCUGUCCUGUGUAAUCACUCCCAUUGCACAGCCUGCAGCCAGCCAACUCAGCUCCCAGCGCUGGAGAGAAUCUCUAUCUAGGAGACCAAAGUCUUUACCAGUGCCUGAUGUUGAGGUCAAAGGUGAGAGUGCUGCCUACUUCCUCUUGGUCCAGGGCUCGGACAACGCUGAGCGUGAAGCCUGCAGGGUCAGGAUGCUGCACUCAGACAGUCAAAUUAAUGGAGCGGCUGCCAUGGCAACUGUGUCCGCAUUACUGAGAGAGAAGCCUCUGUCAUCAUCAGCAGGAGCUGCUGCAGGUAACAUCCUCCACUCUCUGCCAUGUCUGCAAGGAGACUACCUGCUGAGGAGAGAGAGAAGAGUGAGCCAGGUUCAGAAACUGGCACUUCAAGAAUAUCUUAAAAAGAAAGGAGCAGCAUCGAUACCUGUCAAUGACCUGAAGGUCAUUCUGAAUCUGGCCAGGGAGAAUUAUCUGAAGAAGGCCGACUCCACUCUGCCCACUGCUGCUGCCUGUCUGACAGACAAUCAGGCCUCAAAAAGCUCAGGUUUUCAGAUCAUUUCUCAGCUGCCGUCUGACUGGCCUGAGAGAAGUGUCCUGCAUAAUGUGGAAAACUUGCAGAAGAGACGCCAGAAGAGAAGAUUUGGUCUGUUAGGUCCAGGCUCUAGUGACAGUCUGCUGGGUCCUAAAGACGGUCAGAGAGGCUCUUCUACUUUACUUGAUGCCAAAGAACUUCUGAAACACUUCACGUCUGAUGGUCUGCCUGCGGGGGAGCUACAGCCGCUGGCCAUUAACAGAGGUAACAAUGCCUUCCAGUUGUCACAAGACCUUUCUCCCAGGAGAAUCUGCAAACUGCCUUUCAGCAAAGCCUCAGCCUCCCAUUAUCACGGCAUAGAGUUCUGUCUGGAUAACCAGCGGUCUUUAGAUCGAGACCAGGCUUUUGUACGGCUCCAAUCUCGUCUGAUUCGGUAUGAGACCCAAACCACCUGCUCCAAGGAACCGUGCGCCCUCCCCUUUGCCCUCAGCCCCGCUCCCUCACCAGCUGUGAUGUCAGAACCAGGAAGCGUGCCUGAUGGCGAGACUCUGCUGAACAAUGAUGUAGCACGACUCAAGCGCAGGUCCUGGGAAGCAGACAUUGUUGGAGGCUAUCCUCACAAGAGGCUGGCAAAGUCCGAGAGCAGUGACUCCCUCUGUUCUCAGAGUAGCAGCAGCAGCGGGACACAUCCUGCCAUUCGGUCUCUACGACGACAACCAAGCAGGUCGCAGUCCACCUCCUCUGUAAACAGUUCCUCCUCUUCAGCCACAAGACCGACAUCAGGCUUGGCGACUCUCGCUUGUGUUGACAGACCUAAAUGUCAACAGCAGAAGAUGCAUCAAGGACACAGCGAGGACAAACCUGCCAAAGAGUCACGCUCCCAGAAACAUAACAGGAUGUUGCAGGAGGUAGUAGCUAAAACACUCAAACACCAUGGGAUCACUGCUGAGCAUGAUUGCUUUGAGGCUUGCAGCAAAAGACUGUUUGAUAUCUCGAAAUUUUAUCUCAAGGAUCUGAAGACAUCUCGGGGUCUGCAUGAUGAGAUGAGGAAGGCAGCAAGCAGCAAUGUUAAGCAGGUCAUUGACUGGGUAUUGGAGAAGACCUCAAAACAAUAAAGAUGAUAAUAAAUCAGGAUCCCCUAUAGCAGCCUGUCGUUUUAAGCUUUUGUUUGUGCCUGGUUUUGUGCUCAUCCACCCUCAUAUACUCCUGCUGCUCCAGAGCCAAGAACAGAAAAACACUCAUAU